AUGCCUGAUCGGGAGUCGGUGGGAGGUCCUGGGAGUGCAGGCAGCGGUGGUUUCCUUCCACUACAAUUUCCUUCGGCGUUUGCUGCAUUCCAUGCUUCGACUCCUCCCGGUGCUCCUGCUACAGCUAUGCACCACGCUACGCAUUAUCAUCAUCAUGCCCAGUUAGCAGCGGCUGCAGCAGCUGCGGCUGGUGCAACUAGCGAGCUGAGCUACCUCGCAGCUCUCCAUCCAGCGUACCGGCCGGUACCUUAUGACCAUGCUCUUUAUGGAGCUAAUACGCUUAGAGGUUUAGAGUACUUAAGUGCAGCCAGGAGUCUGCAUCCAGAACUGCAUGCUGGUAGUACUCUUGCCAGCCAGGAUUUUCAACUUAGUUUAGAAGGAUCAAGAAUAGCCUCCCCAACCCGGCUAAGGUUAUCUGGCGGUGCUAUCGGCGCUUCAGCCAAUCGCAAGAGAGCGGUUUCCUGGAGUCCAUAUUCCGCCGAAUCAUUAGACCUUGCGGCGGUAAUCAGGGCCUCACCAGCUAGUUUAGCUGUUCGAGCACCUUCGGCGGCUUCUACGGGCAGCUAUGGCCAUCUUAGUGCUGGUGCGAUAUCCCCGGCGCUUUCCCUCUCACACGCCUCCUUGGCGCAGCAAUUGCUUGCGCGAGGUGGAGUGGUUGGCAGUAGUGGGGUCUUAGCGGGCGGAGUGUUAAUGGACCCCGCUCACCAACAAGCGGCUGCCGCGGCGGCGCAUCACGCGGCACAUGCGCAUCUUGUAGCCGGAAUUCAUAGAUCUCACAUCUCAUCGCCCACGCAGCUCCUGAUGGGCGCUCCAGUAGAUGUGCGACCAGGUCUAACCUUAGAUGGGACGCCACCGCAGCAUCUACAGCAGCCACAGCAACAGCAAGAAGUCACCAGUGUAAUGGAAGCUGACAGUGCUACAGGUAUGACGCAGCGCAAAUCUCCUCAAAGUCUAAUGGGCCACCGAGACAGUCUUCACAGCAAUAAGCCAUUAUCUGCAGCGGCUGAGAGCACCGUACACGAUGGACUCGACUCUAAAGAUGAGCCCGGAGAUUUCAUUGAAACCAAUUGCCACUGGGUGGAUUGUAAGCUAGAAUUUCCAACACAAGAUGAUCUAGUGAAGCACAUUAACACGGAUCAUAUCCACGCAAGCAAGAAGGCGUUCGUUUGCCGAUGGGUUGGUUGCUCCAGGGAUGAAAAGCCGUUCAAAGCGCAGUACAUGCUUGUUGUACAUAUGAGGAGACAUACUGGAGAGAAACCGCAUAAGUGUACCUUCGAAGGUUGCUGUAAAGCUUACUCCCGAUUGGAAAACUUGAAGACACAUCUUCGAAGUCAUACCGGCGAGAAGCCAUACACCUGCGAGUAUCCUGGUUGCGCCAAGGCUUUCUCCAACGCUAGUGACAGGGCUAAACACCAGAACAGGACGCAUAGCAAUGAAAAACCGUAUGUCUGCAAAGCGCCCGGUUGCACUAAGCGCUAUACUGAUCCUUCUUCAUUACGCAAACACGUGAAAACUGUACACGGAGCUGAGUUCUACGCUAGCAAGAAGCACAAAGGAUGUAGUCGAGGAGACGACUCAGCAGAAUCUGGCGGUGGUGGAGCGGGCUCCUCACCGCGCUCAGAAGAAGGAGGAGUACCUAUUGGAGUCAGAGGACAUACAUCGUCGGCGUCGGUCAAGAGCGAGAGCCCCGCGUCUCCAAUACCGCAUGGGCUGCAUACGCCUGCUCAUCAGGUAAUGAUGAUGUUAUCAGCUCAAUGUGGUGGGGAGUUAGACUUCGGUGGAUCUGGUCUUGGUGGCUUUGGUGAUGAACAUGGUGCUCCGUACUUUAGAUUGGAUGGAGAGGUUGAACAAGAAGUGGUUGGUGAAGUGGGACAGCUUCCUCUGAUGCUCCGUGCUAUGGUGGCGAUUGGUUCUCCACGAGCCCACCACCACGCGCCGCGCAUUGGAAACAAAAUGUGUGUGGCUAGGUUACUACCUCCACACCCUGAUAUUGCUUCAGGUGGUGUACCAGGACGGACAGAGCUUGGUAAUACCAACGUGGCUGUAGAACUGAAGACAGGAGUUCCUAAUACUAGACGAGAUUCUGGAAUUUCUUCUGGAAGCAGUCUGUACAGUGCAAGGUCAUCAGACAUAUCUCGCAAAAGCAGUCAAGCAUCGGUAGUAUCUGGAGCUGUGGCUGCAACAGCCAGCGUCGCUGUGCGGCCGCAACACGUGUCGCAACAUACUACAGUAUACGACCAGCUCUCGCCUGAUAGUAGUAGAAGAUCUAGUCAAGUGUCGUGCGUGGGUUAUGCCCCAGCGCCCUCCUCUGCUCUCGCCGCCGUGCAAGCCGUCAGAACAUCCCAAGGCAAUCAGGCCGUACUCCUCCGAGGAGUAACAUGCUCCGAGGUUCGAGCUGAGGAACUAGCGCUGGAGCUUGACCCGAACGUACAGGUUAAGGAAGAGGCUAGGAGGUUGUCAGAACAGUCCAAUUUGAGCGACCAGCAGUACCAACAAUACCCUUGUGCUACUGAUGAUGUGGGUGACGCCCCCUUCCCUUUCAAGACGGAGGAUGAUCAGGAGACGGUGACUUUUAAGGAAUCGCGCUCAAAUUCCACAAACACCGUGGUCAUCACAACCGCGCAAGUCCACCACCCUAACCAGGAGGUCAAUCUGGAACAGGUUGCCGAAGGCGAAAUGGUGGAGAAUAAGCUGGUAAUACCAGAUGAAAUGAUGCAAUAUCUUAACCAAUCAAUAUUGGCAACGGAAUCGGCAACACCAGCUAAAACUGACUCCACCAAUCAGCCUGAACCAGAGACGAACACAGAAAAGGAUAGUGCAACCAAAGACAAUACUACUAGUGAUUUAACUAACACGAACAAUUCCGGUGACAAAAUCAGUGACGUUGCAAACAGUGAUGAUUCUCUACUUAAAAACCUAGGUGCCAUAGGAAGUGAUCUCAACAUAAGUGAUAUUCCAGUCGAUUUAAGAUCCUUAGACGUUAGUAUGUCGGGUAAUAGUGGGUCUUUACUGAACUCUAAAUCCCCUGAAGAUAAGACUCCAUUACAAGAACAAGUUAUUCCUGAAGUCCCAAUUGAAAAAUGUGAAAAAGAGUUUACGAAACAGGCGUCAAGUAAAGUUAGUUCAAACCCAUUGCAAUCUUUACAGACAAUGACGGCGAAUCAAAAUGAACAAACUAAUAGAAUGCGAUCAAAUCAAAUACCUCAGAAACAAACUACAAUAAGUCCGAAAACUGUAGUUAUGAGUCAGAAUGUUCUAAGCCCACAGAAUUUGGCGCACAGCAUGCUCAGUCCACAGAGUCUUCCUCAUAGUGCUAUGAGUCCCCAAAGUGUCAUGAGUCCUCAUGUACCUCAUAACGUGAUGAGCCCACCAAGCGUUUACAAUGUUAUGAGUCCGCAAAGUGUUAUGAGUGUUAUGUCGCCACAACACAACGCCAUGAGUCCUCAAAGCAUGCAAAGCCUAAUGAGUCCACAAAUGCCUAAUCAAAUUAUAAUGAGUCCCAGACAUAACAAUAUUGGAAGCCCAAUGUCUCAAAAUAUGGCAAGUCCAAUGGUGAAUAUGACUAGUCCUAUGCCUCAAAAUAUAGCUAGUCCAUUAAGCCAUGGUAUGCCUAGUCCAAUGCAUCCAGGACUCCAAAGCCCUAUGGGACAAGGUAUGACCAGUCCUAUGGUACAAAAUAUACCAAACAUGGCCAUGAAUGGACAAAUUUCUAAUCAAAAUCAGAUGAUGAAUAUGAAUAUGAAUCAGGGCCCUCAGGGGGCUGUCAAUCAGAAUUAUAUGAAUUAUCGCCAUAACUGUAGUUCCAAGGUACCUGUUCAGAACAGACCUAAUUUCAACCAAUAUCAAAAUCAGAACUACAACCAACUGCCUACAUACCCAGCUCAAAACCAAAACGUAAUGAGAAGUCAAAACAUGCAACAGUAUCAAAUGAUGCAGCAAUACAACCAAAAUCAAAUGCCCAUGCAUCCCAUGGGGAACCAACCCAUGGUUUACAAUAACCAGAUGAAUUAUCAACCCGUAAAUUAUACUAACCAAAGCAACCAAAUGCAUUCAUUGCAAAUGUCAAGAUCAUCGGUAAUGAGCGUUGAUAACAGUGGUAAUAUGAGUCGCGGGACAAUGAAUAAUUAUUGCGAACAGCAAAAUCAAUGCCCACCACAACAGAAUGAACAAUACAACCAAAAUAUGCAAUCUUAUCCUCAACCUCCCCCGUAUAAUACCGUUGUUAACGCUGCAAACGUCAUGGGGCCGCCUCCACCUAAGAAUAAUCAUCAGUACAACCAAACAAUGAUGAAUAACAACCAGUAUUACAAUCACCAGAGGCCCUACAACCAGUGGGACUAUCCAGGUAAUCAGUUCAACAAACAUAACAUGCAGAAAUCUGCUCAGAAUUCUAUGAAUAUGUCCACUGGAAGUCAGAAGCCUAUAAACGGAACAAGAGCUUCUGUAAAUCAGAUGAAAAAUGACCAACAAACUGACUGCAGUAUGAACAGUUUAAGGAGUCAGAAUAACCAGGCUAGUGAUGUUCAGGUGUGGGAUAUAUCUCAGUCUCAAAUAGAAGCAACAAAUGGUAGAAAAAAGAAUCAAAAUAGCACAAUGCGCCAGGACACGUAUCAAAGAACAUUAGAGUACGUAGAAAGUUGUGAAAAUUGGAAAAGUUCUGAAAUGGUAUCUAGUAGUACACAUCCGUUGCAAGGUGGUGACAACAUGGUUGUGAAUGAUUUACAAACAUCAUUAUCUUCAUUUUAUGAAGAGAAUCAAUACCUCCAGAUGAUACAGUAG